CGCGGCGUUUGCAAAGAGUGGCGCAAGAUCAUCGACGACACCGCCACUCUCUGGCCCCCACUGGUACACGGCUUCGGUUCUGAGAUGGCCGAACGUGCCAUAACGCUUUCGAAACUUGAACCGCUCUCAAUCAACAUCCGCUAUCAACCCUGGGAUGAUUCACAUGCCCGCGUCGCUGAGCAUCUGCAGCGUGUCAAUGAAUUCCAAGUGGAAACGGACGACUGGGUCACUGUCGAAAGAUCGCGACUCGCCCUCAGGGCAUCGACGGCCCCAGAACUCAGGUCUUUCUGUAUGUGUGCUUCCUUCGACAACUUGGAGGGACACCGCAGAGCGAUACUAGAUAACGACAUACUUCAGGCCACACCACCACGGAAUCUUCAGAUAGUCAGCGUCUAUGGCUGUACCAUCAUGCUACCUUCUCCUCUAUUCACGUCCUCGCUACUUAGUCUGAGGGUGGACCUUUGUGACGUGUGGCGCAACCUCGAUGAACUAGUCGACACCUUCUCGGCUCUUCCACUUCUGACCACGUUCGGAUGGGACAUGUCAUCAAGAGCACUAUUCAAUACCGACUCCCCCGUGCGAUUCGAGAAAUCAAACUUCCUCGUAUCAACACGGCAACCUAUCGCUCUUCCCCACAUGAGUGCCCUUGAGCUCGCGUGCCCUGCGGCCUGCGCCGCGGCUUUGAUGCACUUCCUUGUCAUACCUCCGUCCUGUCAGGUUCGCCUUACGGAUGGCUCUACCCUAUCGGACGUAGCUAUUGGAGAUAUUCUGCCACGAGAGGAAGUCCAAGCGUCUCUGACGGCAUCGGUGGGAGACCACAUAUCCCGCACAUACCCCGCACACACACACACCGGAUACCAUUACGUCUCCAUCACAACAGAUGAAGACUCGAUCCCAGGGCCUGGGGCUCUGCUGAUCGAGGGUCAUCGAAUGGUGGACCGUCCAGAGGACCGCAACACCUAUCCACGUUGCGACAUAGCACUCUUCGUCCCAGAAGAGGACGAGGACCCCACUGUGUACAGCGACACCCUCGCGCCCAUCCUUGACGGUAUUUUUCAAUGGCCGUUCAUGAAUGUCACGACAUUCCGCCUCGAAAUCGAUCACAUAGGUUUCUCUAGUCCGGCGUCGUGGAAUGCCGUACUCCGUAGCAUGUCUCAGCUUCGCCACGUCUUUCUCUCCCGUGGUUAUCCCGAUGCGUCCGAUGCGAUUUCCGGCUUGGGCCAGGCACUUGGCGACCAUCUUGACCUGGCCCCGAACCUCACGCAUAUCGAGCUUCACAUGUUAUCUUUCACUCCUCCACGUCAAGAGUGCUUGGCCGAGGCUCUCGGGCGGCGUCAUAUGUCGGGGCUUCCACCCGUCACUCUUUACGUCGACGAGUGCGAUGACAUAGGCCCUGAUGGCGGGCUAGAGGACAUACUACGCGUUCACGCCGAUGGUGCCGUCCAUCUCGAGCUGUCACGGAGGACGCACGGUCGAGGACCACGAGAGAUCACAUACAGCAAUAGCUCCUGA